CAUAAAACGCCAUUUUCCUAACCUCUCUAACCUGUCUCCCAUUCUCAGAAGCUCGAAAAGUGAUCAUUUGCCAGGAGGAUCUCUGGUGAUGGCGUCGAAGCGGAUCUUGAAGGAGCUCAAGGAUCUCCAGAAGGAUCCUCCUACGUCUUGCAGUGCUGGCCCAGUUGCUGAAGAUAUGUUCCAUUGGCAAGCAACAAUUUUGGGUCCUCCUGACAGUCCUUAUGCGGGUGGAGUUUUUCUAGUCACUAUUCAUUUUCCUCCGGACUACCCAUUUAAACCACCCAAGGUUGCAUUCAGGACGAAGGUCUUCCACCCCAAUAUCAAUAGCAAUGGGAGCAUUUGUCUUGAUAUUUUGAAGGAGCAGUGGAGCCCUGCCCUUACCAUAUCCAAGGUGUUGCUUUCUAUCUGUUCACUUUUAACGGACCCAAAUCCCGAUGACCCUCUGGUGCCGGAAAUUGCCCAUAUGUACAAGACUGAUCGGAGCAAGUACGAGACAACGGCUAGAAGCUGGACCCAGAAGUAUGCUAUGGGCUAGAGGCUCCUGCUUUCUCUGUGUGGGCUUCUUUUCCUACAGCUUUUGGUCUUUUAAACUAUUACAAAUUGGGCCUCACGUGCUUUGCACGUGGGGGCCUUUAGACAAUGACCAAGUAAAAUAAUGUACCUUGCUUAUCAAUGUUGUAAUUGAGCUCUAAUAUCAUACUUUCUAAGUA